GGAGCCCCGUGAUGUGGUUGGGUGUGGGGGAGGAUAGCAGCUACCAGCCAGAUAAACACUCAGCAUUGGUUUGCAGAGCAGGAGUAACAUGGCGGCACAGUUAGCCAGCAGAAAUGUUGUUUCACUACUGCGAAGGUCAGAGCUACUUCGGGUAAACGGAAUUUAACUACGCGGACUCUGCCAAAAGUAUCAAAUCCAGGGAGAAGUGGAUGAUGUGUAAAGAUUUCCCAGAAUUAUCGUCUUGCAGCAAUGGCCUGAGAGCCUCUCUGGACUGAAACCAAGACGCUGAUAUGCAUUGAGGAUGAGUGGAGUUGGUGAUAACUCAUCUGACCCUGCCAGGGCAGAGUCACGGAAACGCAAAGACUGUUCAGCCGAACUUAUAGGACCCAGUCCCAAGCGGAGCAACGAGAAGCGCAACCGCGAGCAUGAGAACAAAUACAUUGAAGAGCUCGCCGAGUUGAUAUUCGCCAACUUCAACGAUAUCGACAACUUCAACGUCAAACCUGACAAAUGUGCAAUCCUGAAGGAAACUGUGAAACAAAUCAGACAAAUAAAGGAGCAAGAAAAAGCUGCUGCAGCAAAUGAGGAGGAGGUGCAGAAGGCUGACGUGUCAUCAACAGGCCAAAGUGUGAUUGACAAAGAUGCCUUGGGACCAAUGAUGUUGGAGGCCCUGGACGGCUUCUUCUUUGUGGUGAACAUGGAAGGAAACAUCGUGUUUGUGUCAGAAAAUGUGACCCAGUAUCUGCGUUACAACCAGGAGGAGCUGAUGAACACCAGUGUCUACAGCGUGCUUCAUGUUGGGGAUCAUGCCGAGUUCAUCAAGAACCUGCUGCCUAAAUCCCUCGUCAAUGGCGUCCCGUGGUCCAGCGAGGGUCCGAGGAGGAACAGCCAUACAUUCAACUGCCGAAUGCUGGUCAACCCGCACUGCGAGAGCCAGGACGAGCAGCACGAGCACGAGCCUCAGCAGCAGAAAUAUGAGACCAUGCAGUGUUUUGCUGUUUCAGAGCCCAAGUCCAUCAAGGAGGAAGGAGACGACUUCCAGUCGUGUCUGAUCUGCGUGGCUCGGAGGGUACCCACAAAAGAAAGGCCCAUGCUUCCCACGCAUGAGAGCUUCGCUACACGCCAGGACCUGCAAGGCAAGAUAACGUCCUUGGAUACCAGUCUGCUGCGAGCAUCCAUGAAGCCGGGUUGGGAGGAUCUGGUGAGGCGCUGCAUCCAGAGGUUCCACCUGCAGAAUGAUGGGGAGAUGUCUUUUGCCAAGAGGCACCAACAGGAAGUGCUUCACCACGGCCAAGCAUUCAGCCCCAUCUACCGGUUCUCUCUCUCUGAUGGAACCAUCGUCUCUGCUCACACAAAGAGCAAACUGGUUCGCUCGCCCGCAACCAACGAACCCCAGCUCUACAUGUCACUGCACAUUCUACAGAGGGAACAGACAGUCUGUGGAAUGGGUCAGGACAUGGGUCCUGGCAGUCAGGCAACAGGGAUGGCUCCAAAACCAAUGAACUCCUCCACUCCCUCCAUGACUCCACCAACCCCCGGCAGUUUGCCAGGUUCAGGGCCUCAAGGCCAAGACACUACUAUCAGCAGCAACAGCACGCCUUUCUCCCCUCCGGGCCCAGCUGGUCCAAGAGAACCAGCAGCAAUGGGGGGUCAUAUGCCGGGCUACCGCUACGGCUGUCCCCCACCACACAAUCAUACUGGGGGCAUGCAGCCACCACAGCAGGGUCCCAACUGGAGGAUGAACAGUCCCUCUCGUGCCAGCCCCAGCCCGGUCGGAGGGCCCCAUCCACCUCAGCAGAACUCUAUGCUGUCACCCAGGCACCGAGGUAGCCCUGGAGGCGCAGGGAGCCCUCGUGUAGCAGGAGGCCUGCACUCACCCUCCCCAGUGGGGAUGUGUGGUGGAGGGCCCGGAGGCCCAGGUAGUAGCACAAGUAGCAACCAUGCUAAUAGCUACACUAGCAGUUCUCUGUCAGCUCUCCAGGCCCUUAGUGAGUGCCACGGAGUAGGACACGGGCAUGGGGCUCCUCAUGCACAUACACUGGGCUCUCCAGACCGGAAGAUGGGCUCCCCAGCUGGGGUCACAACAGGGUCAGGGGUAAACACUCAUCUGAUGUCAAAACUUGGAGGAAGUAGCAGUGCAACAGGUGGAACAGGAGACUUUGGACCUCACUCAGAGGUUAGUCAGGGACACACCCAGACCCAAACAGAGAGCAGCCAAGCUGAGCCCAAGGAGGAGAGGGAGGACCCACUUGAGGGCCACGAUGCUCACAACCGCAUGCAUGACAACAAGGGGAACACCAAGUUAAUGCAACUGCUCACCACUAAGCCAGAACCUCUGGAAACACCCUUGUCCCCCAGUGCAGGAGGUGAGGGGAAGGACCAGGCUGGCACAGGGGUCCGGGGUGGCCACGCAUUAGGGAGCACACACGCCACAUCCCUCAAAGAAAAACACAAAAUCCUCCACCAACUGCUUCAGAACAGUACAUCCCCUGUAGACCUUGCCAAACUCACUGCAGAGGCUACAGGCAAAGAACUGGGCCAAGACCAAACACAGGGUGCUGGUGGUACAGCUUCUGGGGCAGAAACUACUCCUAGGCAGGAGCCAUUGAGCCCCAAGAAAAAGGACAAUGCACUGCUGCGCUAUCUACUGGAUAAAGAUGACACUGUAAUGAAGGACAAGGUCCCUAAGCUGGAGCCUGGGGAGGUGAAGAUCGAAGGGGGCAAACAUCCGCAGGUCAAAGCAGAGAAACAGGAUGCAGGGUACGACCGCGCUGAGCAGUCAUCGGAGCUGGAUGACAUCCUGAAUGACCUACAGAAUGCUCAGCCGCAGCUCUUCUGCGAGCCUCGGCCUGUUUCGUUGCCCAGUCCUAUGGACAAACAGAACAUCAUCAAUAACAUCUUACAGAUGCCCGAGACCAAUCCUGCCAUGGCAGCGCAGCAGCACAGAGGCCUCGGAGUUGGCAUGGGCCAGACCAACUUUGCGGGUGUCCGACCAGGCCAGCCAGGCAGGAGUCUGCCUGUGAGGAGUGUCUCUUUGGACAUGAAUGUGUCCCCUCAGCAGCCCUCAUUACAGUACCCCAUCAGAGCCACAAGCCCAUACACUAUUAUGCAGCAGCAAGGAAUGGUGGGAAAUCAUGGUAUGAUGCCAAACCAGGCCGGUAUGGUUAAUGCAGGAUUGAUGGCUCCAGGUGGUCCGAGGCCAGGCAUGCAGCAGCAGGAAGGCUGGGUGGGUUCCGCUUCUGCACCUCCUUUGGGAGCGUCCGGCCCUGGACAGCAAAGUGCAAUGCAGGGCAGGAUGGGGCCCAGCGGUGCUCCUAUGAGGCCUAACAGCCAGCCAGGGCCCCGGCCAAUGCUUCAGUCCUCAAUGAUGACCGGUGCACAACCUGAUAUGGAUAUCGGUAUGGUCGGCCACCCUUUUUCUCAACAACAGGCUCCACCCAACCAGACAGCUCCUUGGCCGGAUAGCAUGAUGCCAAUUGAUCAGACAGCUUUUGUAAACCAGAACAGGCCUGCACCCCAGGAUGACCCCCUGUGUAAUGCGGGGCUCAGCUCAGGUGAAGGCAGCUCGGUGGAUGAGGGGGCCUUGAUGUCCCAGCUGUACACGGCACUAAAAGAUUUCGAUGGUCUGGAGGAGCUCGAUCGUGCUCUUGGAAUUCCUGCUAUGGUAGAACAGAGCCAAUCCCUGGAACAAGACCAGUUCCCCCAGGACUCGUCCAUGAUUUUAGAGCAGAAGUCCCCCAUGUACACCCAGCAGUUCGGUCCCCCACCAUCCCACAUUGCACCGAGGGGUUACCCUGGUGCUCCCAUGCAAGAGCCUGGCUUCCACCCCAUGCCUGGCCAAAUGGGCCCACGGCCAGGUUACCCCAUGAUGAGAAUGCAGCCCCGGCCUGGGCUCAGGCCCACUGGGGUGGUCCCCAACCAGCCCAACACACUACGACUGCAGCUCCAGCAUCGGCUGCAGUCCCAGCAGCAGAACCGUCAGCCAGUGAUGACUCAGAUGAGUAGUGUGUCAAAUGUGAACCUACCUCUUAGAGCAAAUGGAGCUCUUAGAGCUCCAAACCAGGGAACCAUCAAUGCUCAAAUGCUGGCGCAACAUCAGCGGGAGAUGCUGAGUAAUCACCUGAGACAGCGGCAGCAGCAGCAGGUGCAACAGGCCCAGCAGGUCCAGCAGCAGCGGAGCAUUGCCAUGAGGACCCAGGGCCUCAACAUGCCUCCCAACAUGGCCGCUGGAGGCAUGAGUAACCCUCGGAAUCCUCAGGCCAACCCUCAGCAGUUCCCCUUCCCACCCAGCUACGGUACCAGUACAGGCCUGGCCUCGUCACCUCCCCCCACCAGCCCCUUCUCCUCCCCUCUCUCCCCCAGCCUGCCCUCUCUCCCCCCCAACCCCCAGCUCCAUCUGCAUGGCACCUCUUCCUCUUCCUCCACUUCCUCCUCCUCCACACAGAUGAUGAUGGGAAACACAAACAUGAUGGGCGGACAGUACGGGGCCGUACUCAGCCCCCAAAUGCAGCACAGUGCCUUUCAGUUUCCCAACUCAGGUAUGAGCCAACAGGCAGACGGAAGCUUUGGAGGUCCCGGCACGCCGCAGAGCCCUCUGCUUUCUCCUCGCAUGGCCCACACACAGUCUCCGAUGAUGCAGCAGGGCCAACAAAAUGCUGCUUUCCAGGGUUCCCCUGAAAUGAAUGGCUGGUCACAAGGCAACAUGGCAGGCAACAGUAUGUUCUCACAGCAGCAGCCUUCGCCACAGUUUACCCAGCAGAAUAACAGCAACAUGUACAACGGCAGCGGUAUGAGCCUCAACAAUGUCUCCAUGGCCACCAACAUGGCAACUAGCAGCAUGGGUCAGAUGGCUGGACAAAUGAGCGUCACAUCCAUGGCGUCGGGGCCCUCACCUGGCCUGCCCUCCAUGGGGCAAGAACAGAAAUACUGUUGACCCUCAUCAAGCCUCUUCAGAUGAACCUCAGAGACCAGCUGGUGCAAGGAGCGCGUUGGGCCCUUUAAGAAUCAAGAAUUCAAAUGUGUUAACUACCCAGCUGCACCUUGAACCAGCCAGGCCGUGCCCCGACAACCCUCCCUCCCCUCCUCGUCCUCCUUUACCCCCCCCCAGCCCAAGUUUGCCGUCUGUCCAGCUGGGCCCAGAACAGACUCAGGAGUGUGCAGAAUCCUGGGGGAUGGAUCUCAGUCCAACAUGCCUAACCCUCCUGGAGGAGAGCCUCGUGAUGAGCCGGUCUAUCUGCCUGUCCAGCUGCAUUCACCGUAGUGUGACUUACUGUAGGCCUCCUGGUGGGGUACACUGACUUUAAAAAAGGGGAGGGGGGCAACAGCAGUUGUGGAAUCUUUUUGUUCUGAUGAAUGUAUUCCUCUAAGUGGACAGCGGCCAUUUACAAUCUCAUCUCAAAAAAAAAAAAAAAAAAAUAAGACGUCCACUGAUUCUUUCUCUCCUUUGAAGUCCUACUUCUCUCACUGAUUUCCACCUGGUUUCAGAACGGCAGCAAAGACUCCCAGGUUACAUUCAAAUCCACAGACGGAGCUCAGACACUCAGCCGGUUUUGCCUUUUUGCUGUUCUUUAUUAUUGUUGUUAUUUUAGUUGUUGUUUUUUGUUUGUUUGUUUUUGUGUUUUUUUUUCCUUUUGUGAAAAUUAAACCGUAGAGUGAAGACAUGGAGGAAAAAAACUGAUCUUGAAAAACACUGCAGAAGAAAGGUUGGAGUGGAAUUUUAUGAUUAGACUAAUUUAGUCAAGAGGUUUAUAUAGUGUAUUAAAUUAAGUUUUAUUUUUCUGUAUAGAUUCAUUUUAAUUAUUUUAGAUGAUUCUUUAUCUUAGUAGCAAGAAUAAGAAUAUUUCUAAAAGUGUGAAAGAGGCACUUUUUUUUAUCAUUUUAACAGUAAUGGUUGUAUUCUCUCUGAGAAGAUUCUUUUAUUAACCUGAAUUAUGGAUUAUACUUUUGGUCCCAUAGUUUCAGAAGAUGUCAAAAUCAAAUAUGGUUUAAAAUGAAAUACAGAUUGUACAUACAGAUGAGUAAAGUGUUUUCUUUUUCUAUUUAUUUUAUUCGUUAGGGUUUUGGUUCUCCCAGCUUGGUCACAACUGCCUCUUAAAGCAGAGCGGUUAUUUUUCUUUAUUUUUCAUUUUUGGGAACCUUCACAUUCUGAUGUUUCUGGUACGAUGCAGACAGGGGGUGUGGGUGGGAGUAAAGGGGUGUGCUGUGUAUACAGUGUACAGAUUAUCGCUUGCUUCUCUGCCUUUAGCAUAGAACACAACAACAAAAAAAAACUAUUAAAACCAAAAAAAAAAUUUAAAAAAGACUCAACACAGCCAUACAGUAACUCAAAAAAGAAAAAAAAAAAUAUUAAAGUGUGCUUUCUAUGUCGUCUGGAGUGAAAACGCUUCAUACAAGCUGCUAGGUGCAAACUGUUCUGGUGUGAUGUAAACAAGCAAUAACAAUUACUUGAGAAUCUCUUGGGGGUUUUUGUUUGUUUUUUGUAAUUUUUGUACAGUUUCCUGAAUAGAAAAGGAUAUGUUUUUGCUCUGCGUUUGGAUGCAGUAUUAAACACAGUUUUAUAUUGCAGUUUAUACCAAGAAAGUCUACAUCCACACACAGCGUUCCUAUUAGAUUAUGCAGCAUUGGCUGAGAUCUGAGAGGGAGGUAGUUUGUAAUCCUCCCCCCCCCCGAUUGACACGCGCCCUCUCUGCCUCCAGCCGUUCUUCUAUCGCAGAGGUCAGAGUAAAGAUUGCACGGUUCAGGAGACCUGCUCUGACAAACACUUAGCCAUAUUUUAUGACCUCAGGCAGUUUCUUCAACUAUCAAGUGUUCGGUAAUGACUGCUGUUCUUGUGGCCCAGUAGAGGUUCCGUUUAACCAUCACAAGAACCAAAGCAAGUCAUCCUCUCUAACCUCAAAAGUAGAUUGUUUUCUUUUUCCUCCUUAAAAAAAAGAAAAAACCUUUUUAUAAAAACUAUUUUAACCCAGGACAGACUUUAAGCGAACCAAAUAUUCCUCACAUUUCAAUUGGAUUUCUGAAUUCUUUUCUUUCCAUAUUGAGCAAAAGCUUCUUGGUUAGCAGGCCGAGAAAAAACCAGAGAUUCAUGAUGAUGUCACUUAUCAGGGUCUGAUGUAAAUGUUGCAUCAUAAUGCAGGAAGAGAAUCAUUGAAUGUAUCGUCAUUAAAGGCCUAAGGUUGUGACUGAUGGUGUUUCUUGAUAACAUGUCGACAACAUGUUUUGCAGUCACGCCGUUCUCUUCUCUGCAUUUCUCAACUCCUCCUUUCUUUUAACUUCCAUAAUUCGAAGCUGUAGCAAGCUAACUUAAGUUUGCAUGAACACUUUUAAUUGCCCUGUUGGUGUUUUGUCAUGGGCUUACACGAGACCACACUUUUUCUCGUUUUGAUCAAUGCUGUUUUGAUUGUAAAAUACAGCCGUGCAGAAUCAGCCUUUUGAGCCAUUUUAAAGAAGGAUUCACAGCCCUUUUCAAAUUUCCAAAGAUUGUCAAGAUUUUGAAACAACUUAAAGCCAUGUGGUAGCAGUACAUUGUUUUUAGCAUUUAUAAUGAGGACAGGUGCAAAUGAAUUAUUUUGCCCUUUACAAAUAUCCAGGCUUUCAACCCACUAAACAAAACUAUUUUUUCUCUUUAACUUAUGGUUUCGAAGAACUUUAAAUGCCCUUUUGUAUGGUGUGCCAGUUUCUUAGAGCUAAGAUGCAACCUUGAAAUGCUAAAAACCCUAGCAUAAUGCCUUAGAUUUCGUCUGUUCUUGUUCUUGUACAUUACACCACUGUCUGUAUAAAUUUGUAUAAUGACUUAUGUACAAUAUUGAAUGGGUGUAUCGUUGUUAAACUCUUCUCAGCUGCUGGAGACUCGAUCACAGUUGCAAGCAUCCCACAUCUUUGCUCUCUGUUCCUGUGUUGGGUUAUUUUACCUCUCUCCCCUCUCUCUCUUUCUCUCUCUGUCUCUCGCUCUCCUCCCCCUCCCCUCUCUGUGGUAUGGAAAAGAUGACACAUAGGGAUAUUGAAGCAAUAUGUAUUAUACUAUAUGGACUUUCUGAAGAAAGUUCACUGUUUUCCCCCCAGAUCUUUUUUUUUCUGCAUCGUUCACAGGAGUCGCACUGUACCCACAUCGAUCUUUGUACCCCUUGUGUGUGUGCGUGUGUGUGAGCGUUUUAUGCAAAAUUAGAUAUACAAGAGAAGUUAAAACCACAGUUAUGCAAGUUGUGAACUAAUAUGGCUUCGCUGAUGCUAUUUGCCUUGUAAAUAAAGAAUUCUGUUAUUGCAUUAUUUAA